CGCACUACCCCGCCCAGCCGCCGCUGAUACCCUCCACCACCGGAUCUUCUGGCCGUCCUUUUGCGGCACCCGAUCAUCCGCCUGCUCGCCGCCCUCCGCCGGCUUGGGCGAGAGCGAAGGAGAUGGCUGCUCGGGGUGCUUGCGGGGAAUGCCAUCGGUUACAUGCUGCCGCGCGGGGCUCCUCUGUCGCAGCACCCGGAUCCAGCGCCGCGGCGUCGGCGCUAACCACAUCAGCGCCCUCCCCGACAGCAUGCUCCUCCAGGUCCUCGUCUGCCUCGGCUGCGCCCGCCGGUGGCGCGGCCUCUGGGCCCUCCUCCCCGAGCUCACCUUCCACAACAUCGGGCCCGAGCCGCUCCGCUCCGCGCUCGCCCAGGAUAAUUUGGGCGAUGUUACCCGGAGCUUUGAGCAAGAGAUGUCCCGAAUUCCAGUGAGAAAUAUCUCUUGUUUAGCGCUGGAACUGGCAACAGAAGAGCAUGUUUAUGGAGCAGUGUUGCUGGAUCUUCUUGGGCUCUGUUCCUCUAUCCAAAGGCUUCAGGUGACACUAAAUCAAUAUGAUAAUGAGAAGGUCAAAGCAUGCUCCGUAAACUGUCCUUGCCACCAGCCUUACAACUGGAGGAGUCAAAUUAUAUCCUUGACUGAUCUUAAAGAAGUCUCUAUCGAAGGCUUCGAAGGAGAAGAGCAUGAAGUUGGUCUGCUGAAAGUACUGCUGAGAUGUGCUGCAAUGCUUGAAAGAGUGACCAUCAACUUCUCUAGAAAUGUUCCACGAAGUUGCAGUGCAUACAUGGAACUCCCUAGCAUUUUAAAGGCACAUCCUUCAGUAAAAUUCAAAAUUUACCGCUGGUGCGGUGACCAGGUUUUAUUUGGAUGAUUAGGAUGCUCCUAGAGGUAACGAAAUAUAGUAUGCUUUAGACUAAUCUCACCGAAACUAAAACUUGUGCUUUAUCACAAUUGAUGUUUCUCCCUGUUUGUUGCUGAAUAAGUUUCUAUUACUUCUUUGAA